UAACCCCAUUCUAUCCAUCAUCAACUAACAACAAGCAAUCCAAUAACUUGAAUUUUUUCAUUCAUCUUCAGAAGCUAUAAAAAGAAUUUAAAGUUUCAGAAAAAAGAAACAGAAAUGGCUUUGGUGAGGAGUCUACUGGGUGCAAAGAAGAUUCUAAGCCGCUCCACCGGAGCAGCCUCCGCGGCACCAAAAGGGUUUCUUGCAGUGUACGUUGGAGAAAGCCAGAAGAAGAGAUAUUUGGUGCCAGUCUCAUAUUUAAACCAACCAUCAUUUCGAGCUCUGCUCAGUAAAUCUGAAGAAGAGUUUGGUUUCGAUCAUCCGAUGGGUGGCUUAACGAUCCCUUGUCCUGAAGAUACCUUCAUUAACGUGACUUCUCGGCUCCAAUGAUGAUGAUCCAACAUAGUGUUCUUGGAGUUAGAGUUGUUCCUUGUAAAUAGAGGAUUAGUUCUUUUUUUUUUCUCUUUCUUCUUGAAAGAGUUGUUUCUAAUUUUUUUUGAAGUGGGUGCAGCUUUGAUGCUAAAGACACAACCACAAUUCAUGUUAACACGUUUUGGAUCAAUUAUUGAAAAAAGGACAAUGCCAAAUGAAGAACUCUUGUAUUAUAAAUUUAUUAUAUAACUCUUUUUAAAUAAAACCAAGUGAGGUUAUAUAUAA